GGGAGAGGGGAGGGGUCCGUAUAUAUAUGGCCAUUCCCUGUCCCACGCUCUGCCUGUGCCUCAUCACCAGCCGCCCCUCAACCCAACGCCAGCCUGCAACCAUGACGUUCAACGGAACCUGGAAAGUCGACCGCAAUGAGAACUAUGACAAGUUCAUGGAGAAAAUGGAUAUUAAUGUCAUGAAGCGCAAGCUGGCGGAACACGACAACCUGAAGGUCACCAUCGAGCAGAACGGGGACAAGUUCCACAUCAAGGAGGCCAGCACCUUCCGCACCAAGGACAUCGACUUCACCCUGGGCGUCACCUUCGACUACAGCCUGGCCGACGGCACAGAGGUCUCGGGUAUGUGGGAGAUGGAGGGCGACGUGCUCAAGGGCAAAUUCACCAGGAAAGACAACAGCAAGGUCCUGACGACCACCCGAGCUGUGGUGGGAGGAGAGCUCGUACAGUGCUACAACUACGAGGGAGUGGACGCAAAGAGGAUUUUCAAGAAGCAGUAACGUGCUGCGCGAAGUUCAUAUCUUAUUUUUUACAUAGACGACACCAUAAAGUUUCUUUCACCUCCCACUAACAACAAGUCAUGGCAAAGUCUCGUGGGAUUUUACUGCAUAUACCUCAACAUGUUUUCUGGUAGGAGAAUAAUGAUCCACAGUGUUUUGCUGCUUGAAUACCAAUGACACAAUGAGUGGGGGACUAAGUGGGGACCCGACAAAAGGCCGAUCCGACAACUCCAAACAAUCCUGAGAAGAAUCGAGAAGGUGAAUUAAAUCAGCAGCAGCAGAAACAAAAAAAAUGCAGAAGUCAUAAAUAUUAAGUCAAACAAGUUGAGGGAGAACAGCCGUUACCAUGGGGCGCCCACAGGGUUUUAAAAGAGUCACACCCACAAAAAAACAGGAUCCAAGAAGUGGCCAAACAAGUGUUAGUUCACACGAUUUUUAAAGAACAUAUUUCUCACUUGGCUAUAGUGGUCGCUACAUGCAUAUAUAUAUAUAACAUUUAAGAUUUAUUCGUCCAGAUUUUGAGAUUUAUUCUAUCUGGAUUAUAGAAUGGAGGAAAAGGGGGUUUCAGGAAUUGGGAUGUUGCCAUAGAAACUCAACCGUUACAACGUUAUAAUUCACAGUUCCUCUCAAAAUGGAGGUGUGUUUGCGGUUGUUAAAUUUUUUAUUUUAUUUUUUAUUAAAAAUCUUCCACCUCCAUCAUUUUGGGCAAAUAAAACCCAAAACUUUGAUUGUAUGCAGCCACCAGCGAGUGGGACAAGAUGGUCUCUGGGAUUUGGGUGAAACAACCGACUUUAACUUGACUAAACUUCAACCCACACUAAUCUCCAUCAUUGUGAAGCAGCUCCAUAACAAUCCCGCACGACACGAGAUACCGUUUCGUGUUUACCAGCCAAUCUGCACUGAUGGCUCAUGUCCAUUAUUCAGUCUGUAACAAUAAAGCAAUUUUAAUAUAA